AGCUGGGACGCCGCCGGUGAAAGGGAGGGCAGAGAUAUGAAGGCAGCGUAGGAGGAAGUCACCUUUAAUCUGCAGUUUCAGGCUGGCAGACACACACAGACUUCGUUUUUCGAGCCACUUUGAAGGAACCAGCCCAACCUGGUCAUCCACCCUGCCAGAAAUGAUGAACGGCACUAAUUCUGCACUAAUGAACAGAACUAAUUCCUGUGAACCCGUAAACAAUCUGGCUAACACCUUUUUUAUAGUACUCUACAGUGUGAUGUUUCUGGUGGGUUUAGUCCUAAACGGCUUCACAUUAAGGGUUUACUUCUGUGUAGCCCAGCAUCGUCCAUCCAGCAGCGUCACCAUCUACCUGAAGAACCUGGCAGCCUCCGACUUCCUCAUCAGCCUCUGCCUCCCGCUGCGGAUCAUGAACUUCGCCAGUAACUCUACCCUCAUCCGGCAGGUCUACUGCAACUUUGGAGCCGCUGCCUUCUAUCUCAACAUGUACGCCAGCAUCCUGUUCAUGGGCUUCAUUGCUGCCAAUAGGUACAUGAAGAUCGUCCAUCCUUUGGGGAACCAUUUCUUCCAGAAGGCUAGAGCUGCUUACAUCAUCUCUAUAUCAACCUGGGGUUUGCUCGUGGCAAUGACGAGCUCCUAUGUCAUCCUUUCCCUCCUCACCAAAGGGAAUAAGGAAGAGCUGCCCGGUAUGGUGAGCUGUGAUGUCCUGCACAGUAAGCAGCUGAGUCUGCUCUACAAAAUCAUCCACAGCUUCUCCGCCAUCCUCUUCCUCAUCGUCCUCAUGGCCCUCAUCUUGUUCUACCACAGCACGUCACACAGGCUGUCUCUGGCUCAGAGAACUCAAACAACUUCCAGUAACUCCAAAAAGCUUAUUAAAUCCCGGCGAAACAUGCUGGUCCUGGUCACGGUCUUCUGCGUCUGCUUCGUCCCCUACCACCUGGUUCGCCUUCCCUACGCCUUCAAGAAAAGUUUGUUUUGCUCAUGGAGUUGGUUCUUCUACGUGAAGGAACUGACCGUCCUGGUGUCGGUCCUCAACGUCUGCCUGGACCCUCUGAUCUACUUCAUCUUCUGCAAGGCGUUCCGUGCUCAGAUGAGCAUGAGGAGGGGGGUUCACACCCAACAGAGUUCAAUGCAGGAAGAGCAAACAGACACGAGGAGCAGCGACGGGUGGUUGAACUCCCUCAGAAACCUGAAAAGGCUGUCGGUCAUCUCAGUGACCAGGCAAACCAGCGUUCUGUAGACCUUUCUGACUUCAGAACUCAUCCAUUAAAGGUGAAAAAAAUCCAGAACUGAAUCCAGACUGGAAGAUAAAGAACGUUACUAAUCUCCAUCUAACAUGAGAUGGAGAGUUUAAGGUCAGACACAGACUUGAUGCAUAGUCUUCUUUGGAGGAGGAGCCUGAGUCACCAACAGAAGAUAAAACAUCAGAUGAUCGUCAUUCUUUAUUGUUCAUUUACCUUUUCCUGAAUGACUCCAGAAUUUGAUUUCCAGGAAGAAUACAUGGUUCUUCUCAAACAUAGUGAUGCUGUCGUCAUCACCUCCAGUCCAUAAGCAUUCAUCUUUUUAGACAGUUUAAAAGCACAGAUCCAGUCCCAGUUUCCUGCCAUUUUCCUUUCAAACUCAUCUGAGUUUUUGGUUCAUGUUUUAAAGAAGGGAUGACCCAUGGUUUUCAUGA